AUGUUUUGUAUAAGGCACAUCAGCAGCAACUUCCUACAAGCAUUCAAAGUUCCUCACUUGCAAAAGCUUGUGGUCAACAUUGGGUAUUCAAGAACGGUGGAGGAGUAUAACAUCAACUAUAAGAGGUUGGAAGAGCGAGGCGAGGCAUAUGCCAGGUGGUGCGAUGCCAUUGGACUUAGACAUUGGGUAUUGGCAUUCGACGAGGGACAUCGAUUGGGCCAUAUGACGACGAACCUUGUCGAGUGCAUUAACUCAGUGUUGAAGGGUGCCCGUAAUCUACCUAUGUUAACACUAGUCCGAGCAACAUAUUAUCGGUUAAAUGAACUUUUUACGCAAAAGAGUGCUGAGACUCACGAACGCAAACGUGCUAGAUUUACUUAUUCUAUAUUCACACAACAGCGGAUAGAGGCAAGUAUGCAACAGGCUGGAAAUAUAGUUGUGCACCGUUUUGACAGACGGAAUGAAGUAUUUGAGGUGUGUAAAAUGACUAGCGGAAAGGUGUUAGUCCUUGAUCUUGCGCGACGUACGUGUGACUCUGGGCACUUUCAGGUGGAACGAAUACCAUGCCGCCAUGUUAUUGCUUGCUGUGUUAACCAGCGAAUCGAUUGGCAGCUGUAUGUGCAUGACAUGUACAAGAUGACAGAGGUUCGUAAGGUAUAUAGAUUCGAGUUCACACCAUUAAGUGAGGCCGAGACAUGGCUUGCAUAUGAGGGACCCACAUCGGUCGCUAAUCCUGCCUUGAGGCGAACGUCGAAAGGUCGCCCAAAAUUGACCAGAUACUUGAACGAAAUGGACUCACGCAACAUGCGUGUUCCUCUGAUAUGCCGUCUCUGUGAUUGA